AGCAGACCACUGCUCGAAUGCCGCUGAAGAUAGUGCCGGCUUUAUUGCAACAGAUGCAGGGAUGCGCUAAUAAACUGCAUUCAGCUCCGUUCGUGAAGUUAAUAUACUAAAGACAGCACCCAGUCAAAGACGUCAUUGUUAGAGUCGUCGGCAUAUGCAUCACACGGACAAGCAUUCGACCGACGAAACAUCAGCAAUAAAUAAGACGAACAUAAUGAAUAUAGAGAAUUAAGCGAAAAUCAAAAAAACGUGAGAAACUAUACUGACAAUAAAGAAGUGAUUUGUGGUAAACGGACGUGCAGCUGAGAAGAGCACUUGGAUCACAAAAGGGAGAUAUGGAUCCUGUCGAAUCGCCAGACUAUUUGGAUCCUAUCUCAGAUCAAGAUGAAUAUCCCGACUAUAACCUUACGCAAUCGUUUAACAAAUCUAUGAUUUUCAAUAAAGUCAACGACACGAAGACAUUCGAAAAAUAUUAUAAUGAAUAUAACCUGACUGACGAGGAGUAUAUCGACGAUAUUUUACAGUUUAUUUUUCCGACACCGCCCGAAUGGUUCCUUAUACUGUUGUAUACUAUCAUAUUCAUAGUCGGAAUAGUUGGAAACUUUCUCGUCUGUUUUGCAGUAUGGCGAAAUCAUCAUAUGAGAACGGUCACAAAUUAUUUCAUCGUGAAUUUGGCGAUAGGCGACUUUCUAGUAAUUCUAGUAUGCCUCCCGCCUACCGUUCUGACAGAUGUCACAGAGACGUGGUAUUUGGGAACGGUUAUGUGCAAGAUAAUCAAAUAUAUCCAGGGCGUGUCAGUAGCUGUAUCUGUCUUGACAUUGAGUAUUAUCUCAUUGGAACGCUGGUAUGCCAUCUGCCACCCAUUGAAGUUCAGGGCCACUGCGACCCGCGCCCGAAUUAUGAUUGUCGUAAUUUGGUGGGUGUCGUGCGUGAUCUACAUUCCUGAACUGGUCUCUCUAAAAAUGUCGAGAACCCUGCCCCAACACUAUAACUUCGUAGAUCUCCUGACUAAAUGUACGCCUAUCUGGCCGGAGUCACUACCUAGCAACAGUCAGAUGAUUUAUCAGUUGUUUUCCAUAGUAGCCCUUUACUUCAUCCCGCUCUGCUUCAUGAGCUUUACAUACAUUCAUAUCGCUGUCUGCCUCUGGAGCAGAGCUAUCCCGACAGAAACCACGGGAUCAGGCAAAGGAAGGGUAAUAGCAAACGACAGACAAGCACAGAGUAUGGAGAACCAACUUCAGGGGAGGCGAAAAGCUGCAAAAAUGCUGAUUGCUGUCGUCAUAAUGUUCGCUAUAUGUUACUUACCGGUUCAUAUGCUGAACAUAUUGAGAUAUGCUGGAGUUCUCCCCCGUCAUGAAUCUGUGGACGUUCUUGCGCUUAUUUCCCAUUGGCUAUGUUACUUCAAUAGCGCCAUCAACCCUGUUAUCUACAACUUCAUGAGUGAGAAAUACCGUAAAGAGUUUAGUUUAGCAUGCAAGAUAUGCUUCAAAUUAUGCAGUUCAACCACCUCAUCAAACCCCGAAUCGAUUCCAAACCGACGUUUCCAGCAACACGUACCACUCAUCAAGACUCCAAAUGGAUCAUCCCAGUGUGUCCACAACCCUAGGCAAAUUCAGUAACUACCUCUCCAUCUCCUUUGUUGUUAGUUAUAGCCGAUCGGGUAUUGUUGUAGUGCCGUUUGAGAAGUGACAAUGGUAUUGGUUAAAUCUAAAUUCAGGCAAGAGUUCCAUACGGCGUGUCCUUGUUGUUUCUACGCAUGCAAUAGGGUAGCGAGGAGAAAAGGACGAUACGAUAGCUACUCCUAUACGUACAAAUACUCGAACAACAUUAGUCAGACUGAACAGAUGUCAAUGUCGGCAGUCAAUUCAAACGCAAACAGUGUUGGUUGAUGUAGAAUAGAGUGGUGGAUAUAACAGUUUUGGAGACAGACUCCUAUACACAUGGUACACCCAUGUUAUUAAAAGUGGGCUUGCUAUAGCUGAUGAUCGUAUACAUAUUAUAAAAUAUGAUAUAGCGACAAGAAUUUAACAUUCUAGCCUAGCCUAUAUUAAUGAUUUUGUGAUCUGAUCGAAGGUAAAUCUAUAAGAGAUGCCAUCGUGAUCGGGGAUAAAUCUGAUAUACUGUAUACACGUGUAUGAAUCAUAUGAAAUAACCUCUAUCUGUAUAUAAACGACAAUUAAAAUACAAUAUUAUUAUAUUGUCUUGUAAUCAAUAUAACAACUGGUAGAUUAUGUUGAAAAAUGUGUCCUUUGUUAAUUUGGAACAGUUUGCUGUAAAAUGAACUGACGACUGGCUCAGUACGUCAGUAGUUAAGAAAGUUUAAGUGCACAUGUACGUUGUAGGAUGGGGUCAAAUUCCAAAGCAUUUUCUCACAUUGCCUUUGUGAUGUGUCAG